AUGGAGUCAGACAACCCAAAGCAUAUCUCUUCCAAGUCCGGCCAUGAGGGCUCCUAUGACCCCGAGGUCGAUAUGGCCAAGGGCCAGCUCGCCAUCACGGGCGUGCCUGACGUGCAUAUGAAGCGGAACUUCAGCAUUCUCAGUAUUAUCGCCAUGGGAUACAACAACACCAACAGUUGGGUGGCAAUUGCCGCAAGCUUUGCCAUUGCCAUUCAGUCUGGUGGCUCGGUUUCGCUCCUGUACGGCAUCCUGGUUGUGUUCUUCGCUAUGCUCUGCACCGGCAUCACCUUGGCAGAGCUGGCGAGCGUCUACCCUACUGCAGGUGGGCAAUAUCAUUUCACAUCGAUUCUCGCCUCAAAGCGAUGGAGUAAAGUGCUUUCGUACUCCAGUGGCAUUGCCGCCCUGUUUGCAUGGAUAACGCUCGGGGCCUCCAUCGCGUUGUCGACGACCAAUGUGCUCAUGGCCAUAGUCAUUCGAUGGCAGCCUGCGUAUGAAACCAAAAGCUGGCACUAUUUCCUAGUGUAUCAAUUGCUCAAUGCGAUCAUGGUCGCGUACAACAUAUUCCUCACUAACAAAACCCUUUGGAUCUACAAUCUGGGCUUUCUUCUAUCUAUCUCAACCUUCCUUGUCAUCACUAUUACCUGCCCAUCUCGCUCAGCUGCACACGUCAGCUCAUCUCAUACCUGGGGGGCAUUUGUAAACGGCUCCGGCGGCUGGCCCGACGGAAUCUCGUUCUUGACUGGCCUCUCCACGCCGCAAUUCAUGUAUUCAGGCCUCGACGCCACGCUCCACCUUGCCGAAGAAUGCCUCGAUCCAGAGCGCAUCGUACCCAAAGCAGUCAUAGUGACCGUGAUUGUCGGGCUUCUGACAGCCUUCCCCUUUGCCAUCGCAAUUCUCUACAGCUACAAAAAUAUCCAAGCCUCUCUCGACAGUCCCACAGGAUUCCCGAUUUUCUUCGUCUGGGAAAAAGCCACCCACUCGCCCGUAGCCGCCACAAUCUUCAUGGCCGCUCUAUUCGUCGUCUCACUGGUAGCCCUGAACGCCGUGCACCAAACAGCAUCCCGCCUCACCUGGUCGUUCGCGCGCGACGAAGCCCUCUUCUUCUCGCGCCACCUAGCCACAAUCCACUCCUCCCUCGGCGUACCCGUCUACUCACUCCUCCUCGACGGCCUGGCCGUCCUCCUCGUAGGCAUCGUCUACGUCUGUUCCACAACCGCAUUCAACGCCUUCAUAAGCACAACAGUAGUUGUUGCACAAAUCUCCUACGCCAUCCCCGCCACGCUCCUCCUCCUGCGACGCCGAAGCCCCCACUACCUCCCUCCGGACCGAAUCUUCAAAGUGCCAAAGGUGGUGGGCUACGUGUCCAAUGUCGUGUGCGUCCUGUGGGCCAUCGUCAUCACGAUCUUCUUUACCUUCCCGACGGAGUUCCCCGUCACGGGGGGGAAUAUGAAUUACGCUUCCGUGGUGCUGGUCAUUAUGCUGCUCCUGGGUGUGGGGAACUGGUAUGUCUAUGCUAGACGACAUUUUCAUGGUCCGAGGUUGGAGGCGUGA